GGCCAUUCUGCGUCCCAACCAACUUGUUUCUCCUUUGUCAUAUUGAUUUGAUAUCACUUUUUCUACUCUGUAGUGUUACCUCUAUCUUCUUUUAUUAAUGUAACGAUUAUUUGAAAAAGAAUAAAAGAAACAGAAUAAUGGCAGCUUCUUCCAAACUCUUUCUCAACAAAAAUAUCAUACAUAAUAAGCCGAUUCCGAUCACCACCCUUAGUUACUCUUCAUUGAACUGUUACAACAGCCUUUUAUCAAGAUACAAAAACAAAUCUCCUUCUUUGCACAUAAUCACCUCAUGUUCAUCCUCACCAUCACCACCAUCAUCAUCCUCAGAAACCAAUUUAACCCCUGAACAAUUAAAGAUCAAACACUACUAUGACCCCCAUAAUCAAGAUCGAGAUCAAGAUCAAGAUCGUGAUCGUGAUCUGGGUUUCGACGAAGACGACAGGGAACUAAGUGACAUAUGGAGAGAAAUUCAAGGGUCAAAAAAUUGGGAGGGUCUUUUAGACCCGCUGAACUCUCAUCUCCGAAAGGAAAUAAUCAGGUACGGUGAGUUCUCCCAAGCUAGCUACGACUCCUUUGACUUUGACCCUCACUCUAAGUACUGCGGCACGUGUAAAUACCAAGGAGCCCAUUUCUUCGAACGCCUCGAAAUGGCUGAUCGUGGCUACCAAAUCAGCCGAUACCUUUACGCCACCUCUAAUAUCAACCUCCCAAACUUCUUUCAAAAAUCGAAGAUGAGCAGCGUUUGGAGCACACACGCCAAUUGGAUGGGAUACGUCGCCGUUUCGACCGACGAUACCGAGAUUGCCAGACUCGGCCGACGGGACAUCCUCAUCGCGUGGAGAGGAACCGUCACUUAUCUCGAGUGGAUAUGCGACCUCAAGGAUAUUCUCCGAAGGGCUGACUUCGGUACUGAUCCGACGGUCAAGAUAGAAUCUGGUUUCUACGAUCUCUACACUAAGAAAGAACGCGGUUGCAAGUACUGCUCGUUCUCGGCGCGUGAGCAAGUACUCGCGGAGGUGAAGCGUCUUUUGGAGUAUUACGAUGGUGAAGAGAUUAGCAUCACUGUCACUGGUCAUAGCCUAGGAGCGGCUCUCGCCUUGAUCAGCGCGUACGACAUAGCAGAAGUUGGACUAAACGAAAUCCUUUGUGAUGGAAAAGGUGAUAAUAAAUCUUCCAAAAUCCCAGUCACUGUGUUCUCCUUCGCUGGGCCGAGAGUUGGGAAUUUGAAGUUCAAAGAAAGGUGUGAUGAGCUGGGAGUCAAAGUGUUGAGAAUAGUUAACGUUCACGACGUGGUCCCGACGGUGCCGGGGAUAAUAACGAACGAAAAGUUUCAGUUUCAGAAGUACAUUGAGGAAGCCAUGUCGUUUCCAUGGAGUUACGCACACGUGGGAGUGGAGCUGGCUUUGGAUCACACCGAAAGCCCAUUUCUGAAGCCCAAUAAGGAUCCCGGCUCGGCCCAUAAUCUCGAGGCGCUUCUGCACUUGGUGGAUGGAUACCACAGUAAAGGGCGGGGGUUCAGGUUGGCAACGAGGAGGGAUAUAGCGCUUGUGAACAAGAACUGCGAUCUUCUGAGAAGAGAAUAUGGUGUGCCACCAAACUGGCGGCAAGACGAGAAUAAAGGGAUGGUACGGAACAGUGAUGGGCGUUGGGUGUUGCCGGAGCGGCCUAGGUUGGAGGGCCACCCACCGGACAUGGCAGAGCAUUUGAAGAAAGUUCUUAGGAAUAUUAAUGAUGAUAAUGGAAGUAGUAAUGGUAAACAGCAGUUGGGUCCAGCUUAAUUAUUCAAUUAAUUAACCUUGGGUGUGAACUGUCAUUCUCAACUACUAACAAUCAAACUAAACUCGAGUUAAUUAUCUUUUGUGAUACUCCAGCAUUUGCUUGUCAAUUAUAUUAUAUUAUAUUAUAAAUGAAAUGGAAUAGAGAGUAAAUAAUUUUCAUUCCAUUUUUUGU